ACAUUACCACAAACCACAACGUCACCUUCUGAAACGACUAAGACCACAACGUCUCCUUCUGAAACGACGAAGCCCCCAAGCACCACACCGUCGCAAGAUACUUCAACAUCACCUGUCCAAACGACAGGUAAUGACUAUACUAACCUAAAUUGAUCCGGCUCUAUUUCCGCCGCUCUCCGCUCGAUUUGGGGGAGGGGCGCGGUUUCAUUUACCGAACAGCGGCUGGUAAUGGAGCCUUCUAAAUUACUUUAAUCUUUAUGAGUUUCUCAAGCGAUGAAUUCAAGCAUUAGUGGGAAAACUCAAAAACAGAUGUUUCUGUUGGUUUCCGGCGUCCAUAUUUGUGCCCCUAAAAGGGACACGAACAUGGCGUCUCCAUUUCCGAAUAUCUCGCAUAUGAAAUAUCGCACAGACCUGCUUCUUGGCUAGGAUUUUUGCAUAUUUAUCUUCUUUCAUUCCCCUAUUCUGGACCGUUUCGCCACCAUUUCUGGUGGUUAACCUCACCAAUACUCAACUAACCGAGCUUUUUUUCAUUUUAGCGACAUCGCCACCUACUACGACAUUACGACACACCACAACGCCACCUCCUGAAACCACUAAGCCCCCAAGCACCACACCGUCGCAAGAUACUACAUCAUUAUCUGUCCAAACGACAGGUAAUGACUAUACUAACCUAAAUUGAUCCGGCUCUAUUUCCGUUCGACCGCCGCACAAUCGAUGUUAGAAUGCAAUUGUUAAAUUUUAGCAGCAUUUUUGCAGAGGAUUUCUCUUACAUAGGUGGUACGUUUGUGAAUGAAUGAAAGGAAGAAAGAAAGAACAAGUGAACGAACGAUCGAAUGAAUAAAUGAAAGAAUGAGGGAAAGACAACUGCACAGUGAUUUCUGAUUUCUUUUCCUUAUUGAACGCUAUUUUAACUGCUUUUUCUAUUUCUAUCAUAAAAUAUAGAAUUUAGGCAUCAGAUUAUUAAAAUGUUAUUAUUAUUAUUAUUUCAUUCUAGAAUUUUAUUUAUCAAUUUAUUUCUAUUACUUCGCUGAUUUUUAGGCUCUAUCUACACAUUUGAUCAAGUGUUUGUUCAGGGAAUGCCUGGUACCCACAGAUCUGUCUUCAAGUAUUACGUGAAAACAAGCAUAACUAGACGUGGUUUUGUCCAAAUUGAAGGAGAGGGAGGCCAAAAGGUAUUGUAGUAAUAAUAAACCAGUCUUUAUUUAAGUAUCAGUAUAAUUCUACAUCCGCACAAGUAAAAGGUUCAAGCACUGUUUCGGGUUAUUCUUUUUUAACUUUUAAACUUAAUUGAGCCAGAAACUCUUCCCUGUAUUGGCUGUUUAUUUUUCCUUGAGAAAUAACGUCAGGAAUGAUCGAUCUCCCAUGGUUAAGAAAAAGAAGCAUUUUUUUUUUGAAUAUCAAUCAAUCAAUUAUUAUUAUUAUUAAAAAAAGAAAAAGCAGUUUUGUCACCGAUUCAAAUUGGCUUGUUGAACUUUAUCGACUGCCUGCAAUUCAGUUGCUAUUUUUUUCUAACAACAAAAAAUAAAAUUUAAAAAAAACACAAAACAAAGCAACGACAACAAACAAUGAUUUUCCAUCAAGCCAAUGAUCAGUUCAAGGGGAAAAGUUUGGAAAACGCUAUUAUUUAAAUGUGCAAAGUGCAUAUUUCAAUUAUAAUAAGCUACUUGGGCACAAAAUAACAGAUAACACUGGAAGGAAAGAAAUAAAUCCAUAAGUAAAUAAAUCAAGAAUGAGAAAAACUUAUCUUGAUUUACAUUGUGAUUCAUUAAAGAAGCGCUGAACGAUAUACGUUGUACGUUCACAGAUGGGUGUGGAACGUUACUGACUACAUUUAGCCUUGGUAAUCCUACAGUUUCAUAGUCAUUAAACACACAAAUAAUUUAUUAUUUUGUAUCGCUCCCUCUUUGGCAGGUCUUUUUUGGCCCAUAUUGUGACGGAGAUGCCGUGGUUGGCACCAACCUUACCAAUCCCGUGCAGGCCCGUUGGAUUGUUUUUAAUCCACAAAAACCAUUUUUUGGCAAUAGUCCCUGUAUGCGCAUUGAUAUUAGGAGCUGUCAGAACAGUAAGUGAUAAAUCUUUAUAAGACUAUGUACGACAACGACUGUCGUCUUAAGACUAUUUUUUUCCCUCAGAUUAUAUUGAGAGUCUGUUUCUGCUAUAAGGAGACUGUGGUUGGGUAGCCUCUUCAAGGUAAUGAGAUUCAAUGGCGGAGACGUGGCAUUUGAAACUUGAACGAUCGUGUCUGCGUCCACAGCACUAUCAUGAAACCACACAAAUAAAGUGUUAUUUUCAAGUAGAUUAUUUAUCGAGAAAUUAAUCAUAAUUGACAAAUGAUAACAGGUUAAUUAGCUUUUAUUUUUCCUCUACAGCACCCCCAGCAACUUCAUCAACAGUCCAACCAACUUGCAAUUCACUGCGACCAGGUAUCGAAUAUGCUAAAAAUAGGUCACUCUGCCACUGUAUACUCCUACCUAAAAUGAUGCAUAACUGAACCGUUUCUGUGUUUGUCAUCAAAUUAGUUAAUGGAGUACCGAUGUCUUGGGGAGCCUGGUCAGCCUGUAGUGAGACGUGUGGUAAGGGUACGAGAAGCCGUAGACGUGAGUGUACCACUCCCAUUCCAGCUGGCAGUGAAGAAGCUUGUUAUGGUGGCCAAAUCUGCACAGAAACUUGUCUCAUUCGUCAUUGUCCAAGUAAGUCUAAUUUCCUCACUUUUAUGAUAUAUGUAGUAGAAAACGUCAUAUAACUUAAAAGAGUAUUUCUAUCAGAACUAAUGAAAAGUGAAGAAAGUAAAAACCCAAAGUCGUGCCUGAGCUUGUUUGCUUCAACCGUACCAAAGUCAGUGUCGGACUGUAAUGGGAAGCCGAAAUCAUACAUAGGGUUUGUUUAUAUUUAAGGACGUAAGAAACUGUUUCACACCUAGUCAUUAUGACACUUUGGUUAUUGUAAUCCAUCCUAAAAGUGCGGAAAUCUAUUUUUUUUUUGUAACUUGUUAUUUCUUUGUCUCUAGUUCCCGGCAAUUGGUCUACCUGGAGCGAUUGGUCUUCUUGCAGUGAAACAUGUGGCUAUGGUACAAGGGUUCGUACACGUUCGUGUAACAAUCCCGCACCAGCCCACGGUGGAGCCACUUGCCAAGGUGACGCAAUCAAUACAGAUGCCUGUUUUGUUCGCCCGUGUCCAAGUAAGUUGAUUUUUAACUAUCGAUUGUUUCGAGAACAAUAUAUAGGGGAGUUAACCCCGGAUUCGCGUCCCGCUCUGGCCACUCGACGGAUUUGCUCUUGCUCGUUCCUAGUUCAAAACCUCGGCCAUGCUUGUGUUCUCGGUUUUCACACGACGUCACCAAAAUUCAGACUAAGAAACUAUCGACUCUUCUGAGUUUCUACUUUCAUGAGGUAUUACAACAUUUAAACACCAUAAUUCAAUCAAAUUUUCGAUUCGAAAGGGUUCAUUGUUUUGCGAAAGAGGAGACUUUAAUUUCCAAUCCUUUGCGUGACGCGGCAUUAAUCUGGCGGCCGGGAAAGCUCCUUAUGGGGGUUUAUAACAAAGUUACCGAUUUUUUGAUAUUUUGCUAUCUGAACAUUCCUUGUCUCAGAAUAAAUAUUACUUUAAUCUUUAUGAGAACCUAACCGUUUCGAAACCAUUUCCGGUGGUUAACCUCGCCAAUAUUCAACCCUUUUUUUAUUUUAGCGACAUCACCACCUACUACGACAUUACCACAAACCACAACGUCACCUUCUGAAACGACUAAGACCACAACGUCUCCUUCUGAAACGACGAAGCCCCCAAGCACCACACCGUCGCAAGAUACUUCAACAUCACCUGUCCAAACGACAGGUAAUGACUAUACUAACCUAAAUUGAUCCGGCUCUAUUUCCGCCGCUCUCCGCUCGAUUUGGGGGAGGGGCGCGGUUUCAUUUACCGAACAGCGGCUGGUAAUGGAGCCUUCUAAAUUACUUUAAUCUUUAUGAGUUUCUCAAGCGAUGAAUUCAAGCAUUAGUGGGAAAACUCAAAAACAGAUGUUUCUGUUGGUUUCCGGCGUCCAUAUUUGUGCCCCUAAAAGGGACACGAACAUGGCGUCUCCAUUUCCGAAUAUCUCGCAUAUGAAAUAUCGCACAGACCUGCUUCUUGGCUAGGAUUUUUGCAUAUUUAUCUUCUUUCAUUCCCCUAUUCUGGACCGUUUCGCCACCAUUUCUGGUGGUUAACCUCACCAAUACUCAACUAACCGAGCUUUUUUUCAUUUUAGCGACAUCGCCACCUACUACGACAUUACGACACACCACAACGCCACCUCCUGAAACCACUAAGCCCCCAAGCACCACACCGUCGCAAGAUACUACAUCAUUAUCUGUCCAAACGACAGGUAAUGACUAUACUAACCUAAAUUGAUCCGGCUCUAUUUCCGCCGCUCUCCGCUCGGUUUGGGGGAGGGGCGCGGUUUCCUUUACCGAACAGCUGCUGGUAAUGGAGCCUACUAAAUUACUUCAAUCUUUAUAAGUUUCUCAAGCGAUGAAUUCACGCAUUUGUAGGAAAACUCAAAAACAGAUGUUUCUGUUGGUUCCGGGGGCCAUAUUUGUGCCCCUAAAAGGGACACCAACAUGGCGUCUCCAUUUCCGAAUAUCUCGCAUAUGAAAUAUCGCACACACCUGCUUCUUGGUGAGGAUUUUUGCAUAUUUAUCUUCUUUCAUUUCCCGAUUUUGGGCUUUCAGUAUUAAAUGGUUUGCAUUUUUAUUUUUGAUGACGUGACAGAAAACAGAGAAUAGGCCACGACUGGUUGCCUCCUGCCAGUUGGGGUUUUAAUCCUGUUACGUUGUAUUUGAAUUAUUUCUAAGUGUUUGAGUGGAAUGCCUUUUAACAAACUGGAUAAGCUAAGUGUAAUUUCCACUAUAAUCAAACCUUAAAUCGUUUAUUAACCUUUUAAACUUAUCCUUCUCGAUCAUUGCCUCCACAUGCAGGAACCUAAUCUAUCUGGGGCAAGUCAAGAAGUAUUAUACAAUCUACAAAAAUGUACAAAAAAAAAAAACACCUUAAAGACUAGAAGAUGUCGCUUGCUCAUUCUUGUCACAUUUCCUUUUUUGCGAAGAUAACAAAAAGAACCUAACCGUUUCCAAAACCAUUUCUACUUGUUAACCUCACCAAUACUCAACUAACCGAGCUUUUUUCUUCAUUUUAGCGACAUCACCACCUACUACGACAUCACCACACACCACAACGCCACCUCCUGAAACGACUAAGCCCCCAAGCACCACACCGUCGCAAGAUACUACAUCAUUAUCUGUCCAAACGACAGGUAAUGACUAUACCAACCUACAUUGAUCCGGCUCUAUUUCCGCCGCUCUCCGCUCGGUUUGGGGGAGGGGCGCGAUUUCGUUUACCGAACAGCGGCUGGUAAUGGAGCCUACUAAAUUACUUUAAUCUUUAUAAGUUUCUCAAGCGAUGAAUUCACGCAUUUGUAGGAAAACUCAAAAACAGAUGUUUCUAUUGGUUUCAGGCAGCCAUAUUUGUGCCCCUAAAAGGGAUACCAACAUGGGGUCUCCAUUUCCGAAUAUCUCGCAUAUGAAAUACCGAACAGACCUGCUUCUUGGCGAGGAUUUUUGCAUAUUUAUCUUUUUUCAUUCCCCGAUUCUGGACCAAUUCGAAACCAUUUCGGGUGGUAAACCUCACCAAUACUCAACUAACCGAGCUUUUUUUUUUUCAUUUUAGCGACAUCACCACCUAUUACGACAUUACCACACACCACAACGCCACCUCCUGAAACCACUAAGCCCCCAAGCACCACACCGUCGCAAGAUACUACAUCAUUAUCUGUCCAAACGACAGGUAAUGACUAUACUAACCUAAAUAGGCCCUGCUCUAUUUCCGCCGCUCUCCGCUCGGUUUGGGGGAGGGGCGCGGUUUCAUUUACCGAACAGCUGCUGGUAAUGGAAACUACUAAAUUACUUUAAUCUUUAUGAGUUUCUCAAGCGAUGAAUUCACGCAUUUGUAGGAAAACUCAAAAACAGAUGUUUCUAUUGGUUUCCGGCAGCCAUAUUUGUGCCCCUAAAAGGGACACCAACAUGGGGUCUCCAUUUCCGAAUAUCUCGCAUAUGAAAUACCGAACAGACCUGCUUCUUGGCGAGGAUUUUUGCAUAUUUAUCUUUUUUCAUUCCCCGAUUCUGGACCAAUUCGAAACCAUUUCGGGUGGUAAACCUCACCAAUACUCAACUAACCGAGCUUUUUUUUUUUCAUUUUAGCGACAUCACCACCUAUUACGACAUUACCACACACCACAACGCCACCUCCUGAAACCACUAAGCCCCCAAGCACCACACCGUCGCAAGAUACUACAUCAUUAUCUGUCCAAACGACAGGUAAUGACUAUACUAACCUAAAUAGGCCCUGCUCUAUUUCCGCCGCUCUCCGCUCGGUUUGGGGGAGGGGCGCGGUUUCAUUUACCGAACAGCUGCUGGUAAUGGAAACUACUAAAUUACUUUAAUCUUUAUGAGUUUCUCAAGCGAUGAAUUCACGCAUUUGUAGGAAAACUCAAAAACAGAUGUUUCUAUUGGUUUCCGGCAGCCAUAUUUGUGCCCCUAAAAGGGACACCAACAUGGGGUCUCCAUUUCCGAAUAUCUCGCAUAUGAAAUACCGAACAGACCUGCUUCUUGGCGAGGAUUUUUGCAUAUUUAUCUUUUUUCAUUCCCCGAUUCUGGACCAAUUCGAAACCAUUUCUGGUGGUAAAUCUCACCAAUACUCAACUAACCGAGCUUUUUUUUUUUCAUUUUAGCGACAUCACCACCUAUUACGACAUUACCACACACCACAACGCCACCUCCUGAAACCACUAAGCCCCCAAGCACCACACCGUCGCAAGAUACUACAUCAUUAUCUGUCCAAACGACAGGUAAUGACUAUACUAACCUAAAUUGAUCCGGCUCUAUUUCCGCCGCUCUCCGCUCGGUUUGGGGGAGGGGUGCGGUUUCAUUUACCGAACAGCUGCUGGUAAUGGAGCCUACUAAAUUACUUUAAUCUUUAUAAGUUUCUCAAGCGAUGAAUUCACGCAUUUGUAGGAAAACUCAAAAACAGAUGUUUCUGUUGGUUUCCGGCGGCCAUAUUUGUGCCCCUCAAAGGGACACCAACAUGGCGUCUCCAUUUCCGAAUAUCUUGCAUACGAAAUACCGAACAGACCUGCUUCUUGGCGAGGAUUGUUCUAUAUAUUUAUCUUCUUUCAUUCCCCGAUUCUGGACUUUCUGUAUUAAAUGGUUUGCAUUUUUAUUUUUGAUGACGUGACAGAAAACAGAGAAUAGGCCGCGACUCCUGCCAGUUGGGGUUUUUAAUCCUGUUACGUUGUAUUUGAAUUAUUUCUAAGUGUUUGAGUGGAAUACCUGUUAACAAACUGGAUAAGCUAAGUGUUUUUUCCACAGAAGAUUUCGCUUGCUCAUUGUUGUCACAUUUCCUUUUUUGUGAAGAUGACAAAGAGAACCGAACCGUUUCGAAAUCACUUCUGGUGGUUAACCUCACUAAUACCCAACUAACCGAGCUUUUUUUUUGUAUUUUAGCGACAUCGCCACCUACUACGACAUUACCAAAAACCACAACGUCAUCUCCUGAAACGACUAAGCCCCCAAGCACCACAGCGUCGCCAGAUACUACA